AUGGUUGUGUUUUGGCCUAUUUUGUUAGCUCUCUGGUUAGGAGGAGUACUCGGCUUGGCUUUUCUUCUCCUGCAGCACUUGUUUGCGAAAAGAGAGCCUCCAAAUUUGCCUCCUGGGAACAUGGGAUGGUUUCCUUUCGGAGAGACGAUUGCCUUCCUCAAACCCCAUAAAUCAAACUGCACAGGGAGCUUCCUGCAAGAACAUUGCUCUAGGUAUGGGAAGAUAUUCAAAUCCCAUCUAUUGGGUUCACCAACCAUAGUUUCCUGCGAUCAUGAGUUCAACAUGUUUGUUCUUCAGAACGAGGAGAAGCUAUUCCAGGCCAGUUACCCCAAGGCCAUGCUUGGCAUUCUUGGCAAGUAUAAUUUGCUUAUGGUGUCCGGAGACCUUCACAAGAAGCUCAGAAGCUUUGCCGUCAGCUUCAUCGGCACCUCAAAGUCGUCCCCGGAAUUCCUUCACUUUGUCGAGAAGCUCUCACUCUCCAUGAUUGGUUCAUGGAGAAACUCCAAACAAGUUUCGUUUUACAAAGAAGCUAAAGCGUUUGCACUCAAUACUAUGAUGAAGCAGCUGUUGAGCAUUAAACCAGACGAGCCACUAGCCUCAAAGAUGUUACAAAACUUCGAAACCUUCAUGAGAGGGUUUGUUUCUUUGCCAGUAAAUAUCCCUGGGACCGGAUACGCCAACGCUGUGAAGGCUAGAGCAAGGCUUACGUCCACCGUUGAAGAAAUCAUACAAGAGAGGGAAAAAAGGAAGGUGAGCCAGGGCCAGGGCCAGGGGGUUAAUGUAGAUGAUAAAGGAGCCGGAGAUUUCUUGGAUGUGAUUUUGUCAAAGCAGUGCCUAUUAAACCGUGACGAGAUUGUGAGCCUUGUUGUGGACCUCAUGUUAGGAGGCUACGAGACAACCGCAACUCUUAUGUCCUUGAUUGUCUACUUUCUUCCCCAUUCACCAAAUGCUUUACAAAAACUCAAGGAGGAACACCGAGGGAUAAGGAAAAGCAAAGAGGCUGGGGAGCCUUUGAACUGGGACGAUUACAAGAAAAUGGAGUUCACUUCCCAUGUUAUAUCCGAAGCUUCCAGAUGUGGGAAUGUUGUCAAAUUUGUGCACCGGAAAGCUCUUCAAGAUGUUCAAUUUAAAGGUUUUCUCAUACCCGCAGGAUGGAAGGUUUUCCCCAUCAUUAGUGCACCAAAUUUUGAUGCAACCCUUCAUGAAAAUCCCUUCGAAUUUAAUCCUUGGAGAUGGUUUGAUGAAACGACGAGCAAGAAAUUGGCACCUUUUGGCGGUGGACCAAGGCUUUGUCCUGGUGCUGAACUUGCAAAAGUAGAGAUUGCAUACUUUCUUCAUCAUUUUGUCCUUAAUUAUAGGUGGAAAAUAAAAGCAGAUGACUGCCCACUUGCUCACCCUUAUGUGUUGUUCCGGAGAGGCUUGCAACUGGAGAUGACUGCCCUACACGGAUAUUGAUCCUGGCAAUUGGAUUUCAACGGCCUUAAUGCACUCACACCAAAGGUUUAGCGUAUAAGCAUCAGGCACCAAACAAGUGGGCUUGUCA